UGGAAUUUAAGGUAGUCCAGCGGUUUCACACGCAGGCUCAUUUAUACACGUGUUCAAAAUUUCUAUUUGUUUGAUGUUUUUGUUUACGUCGGAAAUCUUGUUUACAAAAAUGGUAACUGAUUGUUGAUCUUCUUCAGCUGAUAAUAUGAGUAAGUUAAGGCUUGAAAUUGUUCAUAAACUGUUUUGACAAAGAUAGAACUUGUUUCUAGGUGAUACUGUCAAAUAGUUUACAGUAUCUGUUUGUGUGAAUAUAUAUAGUAUAUAAAAAUAAUAAAAUAUACCAAUGUGACUGUUUAUAUUUUAUGUUUUUAGGUUCAUUGUACGAACCUCUGCCAUCUCACAUCCAACAUAACCUAGUAAGGCUUGAUUUACAGGUAAUAAUACUUCAGUUUUUUAAAUUAAAAUAAUUUUGUGACUUACAAAUUAUGCACCUCCCACAACUCCACAAGAAUAUGUUAACCUGUUUGGGCAAUAACUUGGAAUGUGUUUGAGGCAUUGUUGCGACUUCACAUUAUUCCUGAUAGAGACAAUAGACUUUAUGUACCAAUAAAACAUUGAGUUUUGAAUGUAAUUUCUGUCCAAUUUACAUUCAUUUACUUUUUUCGGGGGGGGGGGGCAUCCACUUAGUAUGUAAAUGCAAAAAUUGUAUGCCCCCCUCUCUCCCUGGCAUGCAAAAAGCAAAUAUAGAAAGUCGUACCAGAGCCAUACACAGGAUUUUUCACCAGGGGGCAAAGACCUAUAUGCUAGAAUAAUUGCCCAAAUAAUAAGUAAUAAUAAAAUUCUAAAAUUUUAGUUGCCCCUGCUGCCCCUUUCUGUGUACGGCCCUGAACUGAACAUAAACUGUAAAAUUUUUACUCCCCAUAUGUAUUGAAUUAUGAAGCAAAAAUAUGUGUGAUGUGAAAUAAUAUUGUGUCAACGUAGGAGUUGGAAUGUCCUGCAAACAAGUAUGUUCAAACAUUCAUCAACAAACAGUUGCCAGAAAACAUGAAUAAAGACCAGGUUAUGACAACUGUGAAACAAAAAGGAGUCAUGUUGGAUGCAAUUAACAUGGCGGAGAGGAAAAAGAAACGAAAAAGAAUCAAAACCAUGAACGCUCGUGAACGAAGAAAGAGAGGAAUAUUUAAAAUAUCCAAGGAGAAUCAAAGGUCAGGAAUUUGAAUGGUAGAUCAAUUUUUCCUUGUACUUGCAGAAAUGUUUGCGCCUCCCAGGAUAUGUACAUAAUUGUCCAUGACAUCCCUAUUGAUUUGUUGAUAUUUUGUUCAUAAAGGUAUGAUUUGUUUUUGCCUCUACAUGAAAUGUGGAAACAAUACAUAAAUGAAACACUGGGCAAUCUCAAUUCAAGGUAAAUAACAUAUUUGUAUUAGAUAUUAUUUUAUUUAUGUAUAAUGUUACUGAACAAAAGUGCCAUACACUGCUAUCAAACAGUAUUUAUAAGACACAUAUUGUAAAACUCUUCUUGCAGUCAACCCGUAAAUUUGAAAUCAGUGUCUCCCAAGCUUGUGAAGGCAGAUUACCAUGGGGCUAUUAUAACAGGUACAUUUCAUUCAUACAGUAUUAGGUUAUCAAAUUCAUUUUUCCACCAUUCCAUUUAUUGUCAUGCAUGAAUUUUUAGUUUCCAAAUCAAAAUGCCCAGGUUAUGUUGGCCUGAGUGGAAUACUACUGCAAGAAACCAAGAAUGUGUUUAAAAUUAUCACCAAGCAGGAUGAAAUUAAAAGUAUGGAUAUCAAUUAACAUUUUAUACAGUUUGUCGUAAAUUGCCUCCAAAAGUGUCUAUGACAAUCCACAAAUCUCACUUCACAAAUCUCAUUAUUAUUUUAUAUUAUAUCUCACUCUAUAAAACAUACCAACUUUCACACUUGCUCAAGUGACCAAAACGUGUGUUCAUUUCACCAGAAAUGUCCACACACUUCCAGCUUUUAACGAAUGUUAAUAUCUAGAUCUACAGUUUAUUUCCAACACGUUCAUUUUACAUUUCAUUUGAGUAGUCAUGCAUUGUUACAUAGUUGAUGCUAAAUGAAUUCAGUUUUUUACACCAACCUAAAAAGUUCCUUUGCGCAGAUACAUGUACGCUUAUGUACCUAUUUUUUAUUUUCCUAGCGGUCCCCAAGGCAAACAGUGUGUUCACUGUGGAUAUUGAAGGAUAUUUAUGUACACUGUAUGGUAACCAGCUCAGAAUACGGUCAGCUGAACGAUCAUCCAAGAAAUUUAAGACAAAACCAACAACUGAUCUAUGAUGAAUCAUGGUCCAGUUGUUCAAAGCCUGUUAGCUUAUAAACCCUGGGUUAACCUGAAAUUCAAAGCUUGUUUAUAAACUUGGAAAAUGUUUUCAGAAAUCUUGUCUGGACAUCAGAAGUUCAAUUUCCUUGAAAUAAACAGGCAUGCAGAAACACAUAAACAAAAGUUAAAUUUUAACCCAGGAUUAGCGCUAGUCGUACUUUGAACAACCGGCCCCUGGGCCAACUUCUCUUGAAUGUUUCCCUCUUUACCAACUACGGUGGUGGAAAAUAAAUUUACUUCCAAGAAAGCAAAAUUGUUUCCCAAUGUUUUCCCAGCCCAAAGGCUUCAAUUUCUUCGUAUCUUUGUAGAAGGAGGGCUGAGUGUGUAAACUUUGCGUCAAGAACAAUAGCGCAUUCUUGAAAUACUCUAUGAUUUAAAAAUUUACAACAUGUAAAAAUUGUCGUAAGGCUGCAUGGUAAUUAGCACUUUCCAAGCAAAGAAUGAGCGCGGGAAAUGACGUCUGGUUUCGCAGAUUACAUGAUAAUUUACACUAUCAAAGUUUCUGUGAUCACAGUAGGAAUUCUGCAUGGGUAAAUUCUAAGUUUUGAAGGAUUUGUAAGAAAUAUUUGAGGAAACUGACUUAGUGUUAAACACUGAGUAAGUUUCCUCAAACAUUUCUUACAAAUUCUUUAAAACUUAGAAUUCACCCAUGCAAAAUUCCUCCUGUGAUCACAGAAACUUUGAUAGUGUAAACCAGGCUUGAAGUUACCUCAAGUUUGGUGAGUGACACAACAACGCUUGCUUUAUAUUUGAUAAAACGUUCUCUCAAUCUGUAGUUUGUGAAUCCAUAUUUGAUAAAGCCCAAGCAGGCCAAGGACAUCUGAAUUCCCAGUCAGGACCCUGAUAAA